AUGUCGAACGCAACGGAUUCCAACACCGUCUCCUUCGAGUUCUACCACUACCACCCGAACAUGGGCGGGGCCGUUCUUUUCAUUUUCCUGUUCAUAGCCACCACUGGUUACCACGCCUUCCAAAUGUUCCGCACCCGCACGUGGUUUCUGACCUCGUUUGUCGUGGGAGGUGUCUUUGAGGUGAUUGGAUAUAUCGGACGAGCCAUUUCAAGCAAGCAAAGCCCGGACUGGACCCUUGUGCCAUACAUGAUACAAACGCUUUUCCUACUCCUUGCGCCUGCCCUCCUCGCUGCAUCCAUUUACAUGCUCCUCGGGCGAAUCAUCCUGGCCCUCAAAGCCGAGUCGCACGCGCUGCUUCAGAAAAAGUGGUUGACGAAGCUCUUUGUCACGGGCGAUGUCCUUUCUUUCCUAUUGCAGGGUGCCGGUGGCGGCAUCCAGAGCAGCGGGAACAUGGACAGCUUCAAGACCGGCGAGCGGAUCAUCGUGGUCGGCCUGUUUAUUCAAAUCUUCUUCUUUGGCUUCUUCAUCAUUGUCGCGACGCACUUUUACUGGAAACUCAGGCGCUACCCAAUCCCGCGCGCCAGCUCGCCCGACAUCCCCUGGCGCAAACAUCUCCAUGUCCUCUACAUGGCCAGCUUCCUGAUCAUGGUGCGCUCGGUCUUCCGGCUGGCCGAGUAUCUGCAGGGGAAUGACGGGUAUCUUCUGCACCACGAGAUAUACUUGUACAUUUUCGAUGCGCUGCUCGUCUUUGUUACCAUGCUUCUUCUGAAUGUGGUGCAUCCUGCUGAGAUUGCGCGGUGUAUGGAUUUGAUUCCGGAUGGUGGGGAUAUGCCUCUUUAUGCGCAUAGACGGUAUACUGCUGUUUAA